AAAUAAUUUCAGAUGCAUGAUGUUAGACACCACUGUACACAGUCGCCACAGUAUUCUAAUCUCUUGGAUGCUAUGGAUAUAGAAGAUCCUGUCAUAGCUAAUUGCUUGAUAGAUCAACGUGAAAUUGAGUGUAUUCUUCUUAUACCAACAAGUGAAGAGGCCUGCGUGAUAAUGUCGGACAUGACGAAAGUGCCAAGAAAUUGCAAACGAGCGUUUACUUUACGUGGAGACACAUUCUACCCUGAUCCAAAUUACAGAACUUAUGGCGGAAAGUGUACACGCGCUAAGUAUCUUCAAGUUUCUGUCAUGGAAAUGAUGCAAACGCUGAAAGAAGAACUUCAAAUAGCUGAAAACAAAAAGCAAGAAGCCGAUGCAGAACAUGACGCUAUACGUGACAAAGUUGCUCGCACUAAUUCCGAAUUGAGUAACGUAACCAAGACGGUCCAUAAGCUAAGAUCUCAGCAAAGUGAUUGUUCUAAUCGUAUUAAUGAACUGAAAGAUAAAAUUGGUUCGCAUGAAGCCACUUCUGUUGAUGUUUUCCGUAAUGAAGCUGCAGAGUUGGGAAAGAAAAUAGCACAGGAAAGUAGCUUGGAAAAGGCUUUAGCUGAAAAUGUGCAGGAGCUUCAGAAGACUGUUGAGUCUCUCGACGCGGAAGUUAAGCGAUGCAGAGAUUUGAGGCACAAUUUACACACAGUGAUUGAUCCUCUUAAGGAUCAAAUAAGAGAAUUGACACGGGAUAAGGAAAGGCAUAAGCACGAGUGUCAGCGUGCUAUUCGAAAAUUACAAGAAAUUCGUCAAGCCAUACAGUGCGCAACGGGGGAAUUCGAAAUACAAAAGAGAGCGGUAAAUAAAGCGGUUUCCAACGCUACUGAAAAAGGUCCCAGGAUAAACACUACCAGAUCGGCAAAUCAAAUCAAAACUUUACUAACUGAGUUACGGGAUAAGAUUCGCGAGAUAGAAAGCCAGUUUGGCUGUUUGGAUGAAUUACGGCGACAACUGAAAGAAAAGGAAGAAAAGUAUGGAGUAAACAUUGAAUUUGCAGCUCAACUGAAACAAAGUUGCGAAGCACACAUCGAACGAGUGAAGCAUCGGCAGAAUAUGUUCCUCCAACUAAGGGACUUGUAUAGUGUCUGUGUGCAGAAAGCUUUCACCGAUGUGCUUUCUUUAAGACAAUAUAAGGGUACUGUGGUGAUCGAUCAUACAAACAAACUGCUCGAAUUACAUGUUAGUGCACGGAAUGAUAAAAAGUCGGGCAACGACACCAGAUCGCUUUCGGGAGGCGAACGAUCUUACUCGACCGUCGCGUUCAUCUUGGCUCUCUGGGAUUGCAUUCAGCUACCCUUCUACAUUCUCGAUGAAUUCGAUGUGUUCAUGGAUAAAGUAAACAGGCGAGUUAUAAUGGAUAUUCUUUUGGAUCACACUAAAUUGCAUCCACAGAGUCAAUUUGCUUUCCUCACGCCUCUAGACACGUCACACAUACUUGCCGAGGAUUACGUAACAAUUCAUCAGUUACAAGCACCAGAGAGAAGAACUUUGAAUCAGUGAACAUUUAAAGUUUUUUUUUUUAUUUUUUAUUUUUACUGAUUCAAUAAUGUUUUCACGUUUGUGAGAUAGAAAAGUGAUAUUGAGUUUAAGCGCAUUGAAAUAUGUGUUAUGUAUGAAACUGUUUUCUAGCAAUAAGCGAAAAUAAUUUAUUUUGUUUCAUAUUGUUAGAAGAGAAAAGUAGAUGCUUAAAAACUGAGCGCCAAAACACAAAUUUAUUUUGCGCGCUUUAUGUCAAAGUGAACAGAAGACUUUGUUCAAAAUAUAUGUUUUUGUACGCACGAUAUAUAGGUAUUCUUUAGAUAAUUCGGAUUACUCGCGAUUUAUUUAAAUUACGAUGCUCUGAAUAAGUGCUUUAGAAUGUUAAAAGUGCCUUCUAUUGUAUCGGAGUAGUAAAUGCGAUUUACACAGGUAUUUUCUUUUAAUAAUAAAGUUCUAUUAAAUUAUA